CAUCCCACAUCUUCUAACCCAAGCAUGGCAUUUCCCCGGUAUUGGCCAAUUUUGCCCCCGUCCAGUUUCCAUCAUGUGCUUGCAUCUCACUCACGACAUGAAACCACAUCAAAACUAUCUACGUCAAGCCCUAAACCUCCCUCUGGGAUCACGUUGCUCUCCCAUCCUUGACCGAUGAUGCAAACUGCCGUUCACAGGAUGAACCCUUUCCCAACCUCCAAGCGGAAACCGGGUCCGGGUACUUAUUAGCAUGGAUACGCCUUCCAGGUUAUGGUUCUUGACAGCUAGACAGUAAGACGCGGGUACCCGGUUUUUUAGCGGAUGGUUUUGAGGGAUUUAAAACGUAGAAAGCUCGGUGCAUCACAGCGGCAGCAUGAAGGCAUCACAUCCAUCGGAUGAUGUUGAGAAGGUCAGUCGGGGCAUGAGCUACGGGUGGAGAUGGUGCUAAAUCGCGGCUUCGGGGGAACUGACAGCGAGCUCUCUCUUGUUGACAGCAACCGCCAGCUUGUGAUUUUUGGAGAUCGGUUGGGGGAAUACAACGGUUGGUUGAGUGAAUCUUCUGCGGCGUGGCCGGACAAUUUGCUCUGCUCAUCAGCCACUGAGACUAGAAGGCAAGUUGGUUGUUGCACAACGUCCAAGGAAGGUUUUUAGGGCUUCAUGUUGUGCGCUGAGGGAUAUACUGGCAAAAAAGGGCUAGAAUAUGCGGUUCUUGCCUGGCCAGCACUUUGGCACUUCAGCAUGUCAGUUAAGUGAGGUUUCUGGUCAUAAAGGUGUUGAUGAUGCACCACGAUGGACAGUUCCAUCAACCUUGAAGUGGAUAUGCAUCUACCCGUAAUUUAUGCAAUCAUCUGAACUUGUGCAAGCUUGGCUGAGCUCAGCAAGCGCUCUCCUGUCCACCUCCCACCUCAAGCUCCGCAAAAACGUUUCCGCGUAGCCGAACCGGACAAUCCCGGUUCCAUUGGUUCCAGUCAAUCGCCGGAUUUUGGGCAAAGCUGGAGAGCCGACGACAUAUCGAGAAGGACUUGACCCAUUGAGACCGCCGCCAUCACCAUGAACUCCCUUCGCAUUGCCCGCGCCGCCAUCCGGGCUCGCCCGGCUCUUCUCCGCGCCCCCGUCCAGCGCAGAGGCUACGCCGAGGCCGUCAGCGACAAGAUCAAGCUUAGCUUGUCGCUUCCCCACCAGGCUGUCUACAAGUCCCAGGAUGUCGUCCAGGUCAACAUCCCCGCCGAGUCGGGUGAGAUGGGUGUCCUCGCCAACCACGUUCCUUCGAUCGAGCAGCUGAAGCCCGGUGUCGUCGAGAUCAUUGAGGAGAGCGGCAACAAGCAGUUCUUCCUUUCCGGUGGUUUUGCCGUGGUUCAGCCCAACUCCGUCCUGAGCAUCAACGCCGUCGAGGGCUUCCCCCUUGAGGACUUCAGCGCCGAGGCUGUCCGCAGCCAGAUUGCUGAGGCGCAAAAGGUUGCCAGCGGCAGCGGCAGCGAGCAGGAGAUUGCCGAGGCCAAGAUUGAGCUUGAGGUCCUCGAGACUCUCCAGGCCCACCUCAAGUAG